AUGGAUCUACUAGGAUACAGCUACGGAGACGCGUUCCGGUCCUCUGCAUUGGGGAAAGUGCUCAAUCUCCUUCUCGUCCUAUUGAUUUUAAUCUCCUAUAUCCCUCAAUAUUUGCGGAUCCAUACGUUCCACGGCGAUGGAAUAUCCCCUACCUUUAUUUUAUUACGCUCAGUCUAUGCUGCGAGCAGUCUUGCCAACAUCUUGGUGCUUCCCUCAGCAUGGAAGAUACAGCAGGGAUGCCGUGAGAAAAGCCCGAUCGGCAAAUGUAUGAUUGAAAUGAUGGAUUCCUGGCAAUUUGCAGCGGACUGGAUCGGCUCUCAUAUCAUACUCAUCCUCUACCUGCACUACUCCUCAGACCGUAACCUGAAUUUACUACCAGAGCAGGAGCAACGUGAGGAUACGCCACAUAAUCAACAAGAACAGGUACAGGAAGAGCAACCAAGCGGCUGGCGUAAAAGGUCCAUCCCUUUCAAGCCAGCGAUAAUCGUCGUUAUCGUCCUUGAAGUUAUCAUGCUUGUCCCCUCGCUGUUCCUUGCCAUCAAGCCCCGAAUUCAAUCAACCGAGUACUAUAUUCUGAUCCACUUCUGGUCUUUUGGAACUGUGGGGCUCUCAUCGAUUCUUAGCCUCGUUUACAGCCUGCCCCAGCUCUGGUGUACCUGGACUCUGGGACGUAUGGGAAGCCUCAGUAUGCUCGCGAUGGCAAUCCAGAUCCCGACUUACUUCUUAAUGGCAGCAUCGCUUGCGGUGCAAUAUGGAAGAUUAGAUGAGGUUCCAAUACUGGGUCGCUGGCUUGCUGCCUGGAAUCCAUGGAUUAACCUUAUCAUCAAAGGGUGCCAGGAGGCCAUAAUGUUGGCCCUAUGCAUUUACGUAUAUAAGAAGUCGGCUACUCACGAAACUCAUCCUGUCUUGGAUGAGCAUACGCCGCUCUUACUCGACGGUCGGGAUGAUGAUACAUAA